AUGCCCCGCAAAGCGCGAAAAGGCAAGUCCUCACACAAUAACGAUCCAAACCAGACCAGCCUCAAAGGUUGGGUCAUCCCCAAACCCUCUUCUGCGGCUUCCCAGCCAUCCUCCGCGAUCCUGACCGAAGCACCCGACAGAAAGGCCAAGAGGGUGGCCACUUCCUCCUUGGAAGCGCACACCUCAACCGCCAAAAAGUCGAGAGUGGGAACGAGUCUCCAGCAUCCUCCCGCACCCGACACAGUGCAACGUCUUCCCAUCCCCUCAACCCGGAACGAGGUUGACCCCGUCUAUGACGACGACAUCUCGUCAGACGAGGACGAGGAUGACUGUGAGAACGACCACGACUAUGACGGCCAGUCCGGUCAAGUAGACGACCACUUUGCGAGGCGCAUGAAGCCCGAGGAUAUGCCUUCUAACAGCCUGUCAGUCCCGGGAGAUGCCUUCUGGAUGGAAAAUCUUGUCAGGCCCCUGGAACAUCACGCCUCUCGCCUGGGCCUAAAGGCAACCCCCAUGCCCAGAGCCACGUACAAGCGCCUUUCCGAGGUCUUGGACUUCGUCCUUGGGUGCAAGGGCCUGUACAUCAUCUGGACGGCCUACCCAAUGUCCGAAAGAAUUCGAAAGCUGGUGCUCGGUCUCUGGGCACUUUUCAUGCCAACGAACUUCCAAGAGCUUCUGACAAGCUCAGAACCCCCAUCCAUCACCCAGAUCCUUUCCCUGGUGGAUGCGAACGGUGUACGUUAUGACGAGGAUGGCGACCGAUUAGACGACUUGGAGGGCCUUGAUGAGGUCCAGGGACGUUGUGUCGGAGUGUAUUUGAAGGUGGCGUUGCAGGUGGCGUUGAAGGUGGCGUUAGGAGAAUCUCAACACACGGUCGAAGAGGAUGCCAUGGAAGAGAAUGCCGAAGAAGAUCAUGCCGGAAACCAGUAUAGCAUUCAUCCACAUCCGCCCUUACCUGUAUUGAUAUACACUGGACAAACGUCGAUGGUGAUACCAUCCGGCAAGUCGAUGGGAUUCCGGGUACGAUGGAGAAGGCAUGUCAAGGAAGCGUACGAUCGUGACGAAGUGGAUCCUCUAGACAGCCUCUUCAACAAAAAAUUCAAGAACUCGCGACCACAAUAUCGCAUGGCAUUCGCGGCCAUUGUCUCUGUCCCAGUACCCAACGGUACCGAGCUGGACACCCCACUUCGCAACAGCCUGAUAUUGUUCGCUAGACUUAGCGAGGCUGUAUGUCAAGAGGCGCUUGACACAGUGCAUAGGGCUGCAAAGUCCACUCGUUCACGUGCCCAUAGGACGUUUUGGGCUAAUGGUCCAGGCGACUAUUCAGGGACCAACGCAAGCCCUCCCCUUCAUGAGUCGUUCUCCUACUGGGAGCUAGGCAAGCGCCAACGCCCCCUUCCCGAGUGUCCUGUCUGUGGUAGGCUCUUUGCAAGGAAAUCAUCGCUGACUACUCACGAGAAAGAAGUACAUGGAGAGAAGACCUGGUCAUGCGGGAGCAAGGGGUGUGAUUGGAAGUUUGCGACGAAAGCAGGAUUGAAAAAACAUGUGAAUAAUUGUAAACGCUAA